CAUUGAUGAAUAUGAGAAAGCACACGCAACACAGCGGAAACGCUCUGAUGGCAUGAUUUUCCAGAUUGUGCCAAUGGCAAAAGGCAAAGCUCAAAGUGUCUCAAUAGAAGGCUUUCCCAAUGGUGCGGCUGAAACACCUCUUUCAUCGAGUACGACUGACUUCAGGCAGAGGUUUUGACUCAUAUAUUGUCCCAUCUGCCACCCGAGACCCUGUCUUCGAUGAGCUUAGUUUCGCAACGAUUCCACAAAUUGGUCACUACUCCUCAUGCGUGGCGCAUAGCGUUUGCUAGAUACUUCCCAGGCUCGGAAGAACUUGACAUCGGGCCGGGUAGAGCUCCAAGAGAUUCUACUUCCGACGUUGAAAAGGCGCAACGAAGAUCCUUCACGCGCUUAUCAGCACUGUCGUCUUGGAGAAGUGAGUACAUUUUGCGAACACGGUUGCUCCGGUCACUUGGCCGGGGCCGCCCUGCCAUUGAGACAGUUUCUCGAUCGAGUGCAUCUCGACACGGAAAUAGUGCUGCGGCCGCGGUUACGACCUACCAAUCCGGCUUGUACUACCCUGUCAGUCACAUCCAUGCCACGUUUGGCGUCGGCUUGAACAAGAAACAGCCGUCGUUUAUGCAUGGGGCUGUGGAGCAGGGAGGUGUAUCGGUCAGCGAACCCAGCAAUGGGAAGCCAGGAUCCUGGGGAUUGACCGACUUUGAAGGCUUCAAACAUUUCGCCGACCAAUUUCCUGGGGAACUUCCGCACGGAUUAGGCCCUGGCAACGUGGUGGGCAUGGAAAAUGUUAUGGAUAUCAGCCAGCCAUAUGGGAAACUGUACGGGGAAGCAUGUCCUGGCGGACGACUCUACUACACGUCGACAAGCGAGCAACGUGGGCGGUUCGUUCCCAUAUCGUCCAAUGCGAAUCAUGCCCUUGGAAUCCCCGAAGUGAGCAUGAUCGGUUGUGCUGUUUGUUCAGUCUACAUCGCAAAGUCGGAGUCUCUCCUAAAGAUCACGAACGGGCUGUUUGGCUUCCUUGCAGGGUUCUCGAAUGGUGUGCUGGCUGCGUACGCGCUCGGGGUCAAUCCUGUGCACGACCGCCGUUACGAGAAGGGCGAGCCUACUGCUAAGUGGGUACUUUGCCCAGGCGUGCCCAUCGUGGGUAUAUCUAUCGAUGAGAAAGUCUCUUCUCGCAGGAUCGCUUCCAAACGUGUUUGGGCUACCGCUCUUAAUGCGCUUGGGGAGGUUUACUACCUGACGGAAACGCCCACUAGACCCGAGUUUGCUGGAAAGGCCUCCCCAGCCGACGUUGAUCGACUUGCCUGGCAGACAGGUAGAAGUGUGGAGUGGUCACUCGUAGAGACCACGAGAAGACAAGCGAAACCAGAUCCUUUCGGGACCGCAUUGGUUGACGGCAGCUACACACCUCACACUUCUAGUGAUAGGUCUGGGCUGAGCCAAGAACAAACAAUUGCCGAGACAAAAGAAGUCGAGAAAUUCUUGCUUCACAAACCCAAAUACUUUCAAAACCUGUGUGAAGGUUGGGACAUGCGACAUAAGUUGAUCGUAGACUUUGCCGGGGACGAUCACCAUGGAGCAGGAGAGUCCAUUUUCAUCGUCAAUCGUGGCUUGGACGAAGAGAGCGUUGCAUCUAUUCGUCGUUUCACACGUUGCAAGGCCAAGAUCACUGUUGACUUCAGCCUGGAUGGCUGGCCGACGAUACAGUCGACAAUGCAACGUCCUUCCAUCUUCGGAACAGGAUUGGCCUCUGUGUUUGACCCUCAGUCAUCGCCAUCUCUAAGCAGCGUCCCAAGGUCGCGCACAUCCAGUCAUGAUGACUCGGCAGACUCGCAAUACCGACAAGACUGGCAUAUGUCGCAGUUGUCGUUCGCCGACCAUCGCAAUGUCCAAAUCUCAGCCCUAGCGUCGGACGAGUCGGAUUAUGCCAUGUUGACCGCGAAUGAAGAUCCUCUGCUUGGGAUGUCUGGUGGUUCGAAUGCUUCCUCACCAUUGGCUUCUCCUCUGGGUCAUAUGUCGACGGUCAAGUCAGUCUCCGAGAUACCCGGUCAUCGAGCCCGCCUUCUUGGCAUCGGUACCAUGUCCGGUGUGGUGAUGCUCUGGGACAUGCGUGCUAGUCUUUCUCCAAGCCCUGACGUUGUCAAUACUGUCCAGCCAGUUCGAAUCAUCUAUACCAAGAGUCCACAGAUUGCGUCCCUGGCGCUGACUUCUUUGUAUGUUGUUCAUGGAGGCAAUGACGGGCUUGUGCAGGCCUGGGAUCCUCUCGCUUCUACGAACGAGGCAAUCAGGACUCUGAACUCACGAUUCUCUGACCGAGCGAGACGACGCAUUGCCCAAGCAGAAGCCUCUGUGCAGGGUGUGGGCAACAACUACUAUGCCGCUGGCGCGAUUGUGCUAGAUCCUGAUCCUACUGUCCUGCGCGGAAUGGUCUCAUUGGGAGCUUAUCUACGUUACUGGUCGUACAGCUCGACUGCGGCAGAUGCAUACAAGAGUCGCAAAAGAAAUCAGCUUCGUCGACGGUCCGAGCGAGGAAGUAAUUCCACGCCGGCAAACCACAAGGUUAGUGCCACUGGCCGUGGAGUGCUGAAGGACUAUAUCACCAAUGAACGGUUUGAAAUGGAGCGGGAGAAGAUCGCAAGGGAUCAAGAAAAAGAGCGGAUGAGUGGCAGAUUCGGCACCAAUUUAUUGGGUGAAGGGGCGGGCGAGGAAGAACUACUAGCUUAUGCCACGAUGCUCAGCGAGGAGGCAUUCUCGAGUGACGCGGUGAAGAGGCAGGCCAACGAAGAUCACAGCUCAAAUGUGUCACCUAGUUUGCCGCAGAGCCGGAAGGAAGAUGCUCCAGCUAGUGCAGUCGACGCCGACCUCGAAGAAGCGCUCCGUCUAAGCUUGCUGGAAACCGAACAGAUAUCGUCUUCACCAGUGCCAAGCGAGUUUGACAUACCUAUACGAUAUGCCAAAGGAUCUAAACGUGGCACACCUUCACGAGUUGCAACGCCAGGUAGCAGCAAGGCGAAAAACACAACACCUGACCAAGAUGGAGAUUUGGAGUUUGCAUUGCAGCUCAGCCUUGCCGAAGAGCAGAGCAGGAAAGCAGUGGAGGACGAUCUUCCGGCUCUGGCGUUUUCUUCCAGUCCUGGAUCUGAAGGUAGUGGAACUGGGAAGGGGAAGGGAAAGUCGAGGCGUCGUUGAAGAGCACCUCUGGGCCGUGUUUAUCUUGUUCGCUUCUUUGGGCUGACCUCCAGUCUCACAUUAUGCUGCUUGCUUGCUUGCUUGUCUUCUGCGUAUGCCGAGAUGCAGUAUUAGAAGAUUCUUUUCGGGACUUGUACAAUUGCACAGCUGCCCAGAAAACCAGCUCUGCUCUAUAUUCAAUGAAAUCGAUGAUUUUCAGAUCGCUGUCU